UUAGGUUUGAUGGCGGAGGCGGCACAAGAGAGCUCAACUCUAUAGGGUGCCAAAGAAAUGCAGCCCACCCUGUUUAACCAACACUACAUGGGCUUAGAUGGAAAAAACUCCAUGUUAGAGCAGAUGGUGUGUAGACGUGCAGACGUGCUGCACCUCAGUAGCAGUGUCUGACUCCAGCCAUGACUGCGUUUUACCGCACACUUUUCAUCUUAGCAGUGGUUGCGGCCAUUGAGGCUGCGUCUUCACUCCAGCGGACCAAAAGAGGCAUCCUGGAGCUGGGGGGGAUCAUCAAGUGCACCACGGAGAGGCCGUUUUUCUCUUACGCCUUUUACGGCUGCUACUGUGGAUUGGGAGGCCACGGGAAGCCGAAAGACAAGGCCGACAAGUGCUGUCAAAAGCAUGACUGCUGCUACGCAGAGGCCGAAAAAGAGGGCUGCGAACCCAAAAAGGACAGCUACAAGUGGAAGUGUGAAGACAAAAUGGCGUCUUGUGAUGGUUUGACAGACAAGUGUGAGAAGAUACUGUGCGAGUGUGACAGAAACCUCGGCGAAUGCCUGAAAGACGCUCCUUACAGGUGGUAUUACGCUCUGUGGCCGAAUUGGUUAUGCGGCUCUGCUAAAGAGUCAUGUGAUCCAUAG